UUAAUAAUUUUCGUAUGAGGACUAGGGCAGAGCUUCAACAGAGGCUUUUGUUUUUUGCGUGGAACAGUAAUAUUAAUGGCUUCAAACAUGUAGUGAGGAGCAAAAGUAUUCUGGUCAAAUGGUUAUGGGCGGCGGUGCUGGCCGCGUCAGCGGGCUGCAUGGCCGUGCUGCUGGCGCCGGGUGCGCGCGACAGCGCCGCGCUCAGCUACAACCCCGAGACGCGCUACCUUCUCUGGACGACUACCUUCCCAGCUGUCACCGUGUGCGAGAGGUUUUAUGCCUCGACGGCUCAAAGGCAGUUCACGGAUAGCGCUCAGUAUGGUCCCCUGAUAAAACAUUUAUCGUACAACUAUCGCCGAUAUUUGACGAACUUGUUGAACGGAAUGGGGUCCUGUACAAAGGAGGUCUGCGUACCUUGCGGCUCCACGGUGCCGUGCGACCUGCCCUGGAGGCAGAUCAUUGAUUACAUCUACAAGAGCUGCUCGGAGCUCCUGAGCGAGUGCGCGUUCAACGGCGCCGCGUUCCCGUGCUGCGCGCGCUUCCGCGCCGUCGACGCCGAGCACGGGCCCUGCUACUCCCUCAACACGCUCCAGCACAGAAAUUCCACGCACGAACCACUUAUGACAGUAAAUAGAUCUACUGGACCAGGUCUAUUAUCAUUUCGUGUUCAUCACGAUACUUUUAUAUCCGUUCACAGUCCGGAAGAGUUGUCAACAAAUAAUUUGGAUAACAAGUUCAAGUUUGACGUGAAAACACGAGAAGAGAACUGGGUCGAGUUCCUUUUCUCGCUGGUGGAGAUGGCGAACGACCCUCUGCUAAAGUUCGAGGAGCUACUCGUGCGCGGCUGUCGCUAUCUGGAGGAGGUGCCAGCUACCGCCCUCUACACUUACCCCGUAUACUCUUACGGAGCGUGCAAGCUGGCUGAGAGCACCAAAGCCUCCUUCCGGCACUGCGGCUGUGUGCACCCGGCGCGCGACCUGGCUUACGAACAGAAAUAUUGCAAUUAUACUGGGCUCAAUUGUUUGGUGACCUAUGAAGCAAACAAGAACAAGUUAGGCAUAGAGCAGAAAAAAAACGACGCCCCGUGCUUGCCGUCCUGCAGCGAGAGUGAGCUGACCACAAUACAUAUAUCCAAGAAAUGGGUGAGCGAGGACACCGAAGCGGGAACAAAGGUGAACAUCCGGAUGUCGUCUCUGCCGCACUUGCGCUACGAGCGGCACCUGGUGCGCUCGAGUCUGGAUCUAGUCGUUUCCGUAGGAGGAGUCAUUGGAUUGUUUUUCGGAGCUUCUAUACUAAGUUUGGUGGAAGUAUUUUACCUUAUCAUUCGAAAACCAUAAAAAUAUUUAGUUAUAUAUUAAUAAAUACCCCGAGAACCAUGCCUUUUUAACCGACUUCCAUUUCAUAGAAGGAGGAGGUUCUGUAUUCGGUUGUGGCUAUUUUUUUUUUUUCUAUGUACGUUCACCGAUUACUCCGACAUCCGUAGUCCGAUUUGAGUAAUUCUUUUUUUGUUUGAAAGGAGCUACCUCCGAGUUGGUCCCAUUUUAAUUUGGUUCUGUUCUGAUGAUGGGAUCCAUGAGGAAUUGAGGGAACUCCUCAAUUUUUAAAGGCACAUGCAUGGUGAUUUGGGUGUUUUCUUAAGCAACUCGAGCAUUUUCUCCCGAAAACCACCACUUUGAUGAAGUAGACCUGAUGAUGAUGAUUGUUUUGAUGAUAAUGAUGAUGAUUUUUUAAAUGUAGUAUGUUCAGCGAUUACUCCGGCACCUGUGAUCCGAUUUGAGUAAUUCUUUUUUUGUUUGGAAGGAGUUACCUCCACGGUGUUUCCGUAUUAUUUUUGGUUCUGGUCUGAAGAUGGAAUCCAUGAGGAAUUGAGGGAACUCCUCAAUUUUUAAAGGCACAUGCAUGGUGAUUUGGGUGUUUUCUUAAGCAACUCGAGCAUUUUCUCCCGAAAACCACCACUUUGAUGAAGUAAACCUGAUGAUGAUGAUUGUUUUGAUGGUAAUAAUGAUGAUUUUUUUAAAUGUAGUAUGUUCAGCAAUUACUCCGGCACCUGUGAUCCGAUUUGAGUAAUUCUUUUUUUGUUUGGAAGGAGUUACCUCCAAGGUGUUUCCGUAUUAUUUUUGGUUCUGGUCUGAUGAUGGAAUCCAUGAGGAAUUGAGGGAACUCCUCAGUUUUUAAAGGCACGUGUAAAGUGAUUUCGGUGUUUUCUAAAGUAACGCGAGCAUUUGCUUCCGAAAACCGCCAAUUUGAUGUAGUGCAAGUGUAGCCAAGUGUAGCCUUACCACGAGUUUGACAUUGACAUAUUCGCUAAGUUAGCGACGCUAACGUCUUCGUAACUUACUAUUUAUGCAUCUCGCUCGCACUAAUAUGCCAGUACGAGCGAGAUGCAAAGAAAGUAAGUUACACACACGCUAGCGAAUAAAUCAAUGUCAAACUCUUGGUAAGCUGGUAAGGCUACUGAUCGGGGGUUAGGGUUAGGAGUUAAGGCGAAGCGAAGUUAAGGGAAUGGCGGUUGAAGGGCUGCUGGUUCAGGGUCGAGGGGUUCAUGGAUCAGGGGUUGAUGCGCUGUGAGGUAGAGUGAUCGGGGAGUUGAGGGAUUGGGUCAGUGGCGGGGCGGAGGAUGGAUUUAGUGUAGUGACAGGAAUUAUAAUUUCCCAGACGGACUCGAAAAAAUUCCUGAUUAAGUACAUAUUUAUUAAAGUAGGUACACGAAUUUAGUGUUAAUCAUGAUGUUGUUUUUCAUUCAUGCGUCGCGCACUUAACAAUGCGUUAAAAACUAAAAAUGGAAAAAUAAAAACUUUUUACAAAAAAAAGAAAACCGACUUCAAAAAGGAUGAAAUAAAAUAUUAUCCUUUUUAAGUCUAUGCGUUACCAACUGAUAUGUUUGAAGUCGGUGCCAAGCCAAGUAGUAACAAUACCCGUCAAAAAUAAUCAGCUUUAAACCCCAUUAGAACUGCCCACCCAUUUCUUUUUUUUACAGUCGACGUCAAAGAUAUGUUUACACUUUUGCACCGUACUCCUUUGUAAUAUGUAAUAUAAGACGAAAAGUGUAAACAUAUUUUUAACGACGACUGUACCGAAAGUACGUUCAUUGUCGUCGUGUAAGGCAAUCCAACGUAAAUCAUUAUAGAAUCGCACCAAAAUCAUGGUAUGCUUCAAAAGUUGGCUUGGCACCGACUUCAAACAUAUCAGUUGGUAACGCAUAGACUUAAAAAGGAUAAUAUUUUAUUUCAUCCUUUUUGAAGUCGGUUUUCUUUUUUUUGUAAAAAGUUUUUAUCCUUCGUAUUUUUGUGUGUGUGUUAC